AACGUCAAUGACCAAAUGUAACAGUAAUAUUUCACAAAGGAAAAACUGAGGGAAAUAUCGAUUUUUAUUAAAAAAAAAAAAAGAGGAAGUAUAAUUGAUGCCCAUUGUCCAUUGGAAAGACGUUUUUACAAUCGACUAAUUAAAGAAAAUUAUAACAUUUUGAUUCAUUCUGUACAUGGCCAUUGGAGCUGCUGUAUCUCCUCUCGACAGGAGGGGGAAGUAGACGCUCCUUUUGUGUAAUUUCAACCACAAAUAACCCGUGAAGAAGAGUCACAGCAACAUGGCUUCCAGUUUCAAAGUGAUUGUAAACGAUUGUUUCUUUUUAUUUUAUGCAUUUCUUCCUCACAUACUCCACACGUGUGAGUUAUAAACCACAGGAUGUUAAGGGAGACAUAAACACUCGUUGUAAACCUUCAUACAGUUCAGUAUGUUUCGACCCAGACGUGCUUUAUACCAGCGGAGGUAGGAGACCGCAAAGGGAACUGCAUACACACCUCAUAGGCCGGCUGCUCUAACAUGUCGGGCAACCAUUCAAACCCACCCUGGUCCUGGUCGUCCCAGGACCCACCACCCAACGAUGUCAAUGCGGGUUCCUUCUGGUCAGGCCAUCCGGGACCGCCUAAUCAUCCAGGAUAUGGCGGCUAUCCUUAUGGAUUCCCACCCAAUGUGCCUCCGCCUCCCGCACCCAGGAUGGAGGGGUAUGGAGCCUAUGGCGAUCAGGGCUAUGGAUUCAAUCCCUCGCUUCCACCACCGCCAUUCAACUGUCCACCCAGCCAGUAUCCGCCUUCACUCACCUCUGGCCAGGGAGCUCUCAGGGAACCCAGUGGUCCGUUUAAUCCAAUGGUUGGUGACAGACACGACAACCCGGGGCCUUCAAAUAGUCAAAUGUACGGUCAUCACCCAACAACGAACCUUAACCCCAGGCAAGGUAAUCAGCACGCUUAUUCAACGUUUGGAGAUUCUGAACCACCGGGUUUUACAUAUCAGCAUCAACAACAGGAAUAUAGGGAUCUGUCAGAAAUACACAGUGCACCUGUUCGUAGCUACCAGAGCUUAGCUGCAGCUCAGAGCAAGGAACCCGUACAAGCGCUCAGUAGAACACCUCUGGAUGAGAGUGUCAUUCAGAGGAGACAAGAUGAGCAGUGGAUCCGGCAGUUCUUACAGAGAAGAAGGAAGGCUGCCAAAAAGACCCCAGAGUCCGAGCAGACUGCCUCCAAGCCGUCCCCCUUGCGGUUUCGAGAAGACCUCUACGGCGCUCUGCAGCUUGUGUCAAAGCUUUCACUCGCCUGCAACACGCUGAAGCAAAACCUGGAGGACGACAGCGGUUGGGCGGAUGUUUACCUGCAGGCGCAAGACACGAAGAAGGAGCUCCAAGAGACACUGGAAUCCCUGAAGGGCGGUGACCACCUAGAGGGGCUGAAAAGCAAACUUUUACAGAUCAGUAAGAGAAGAGCCCGGUUGAGGAGGCGAAAGCAGGUGAAGAGGGAAGAGCUGGCACAGGACCGGUUUGCGGAUAAGGAAGCGGCCAUCGACAAAUGGAGGAUGAAACGGAUUCAGGCAGUGGAGGAGAAAAAGAAGGAGCGAGAGUUGAAGCUCGCAGCGGACUCUGUUCUGUGUGAGGUGAGGCGGAAGCAGGCGGACGUGAAGAGGAUGCAGGACAUCCUUCGCUCCCUGGAGAAGCUGAGGAAGCUGAGGAAGGAGGCAGCAUCCAGGAAGGGCAUCUCCCCGGACGCAGACUCGGAGCAGGGGUUCGGCGGCCGGCUGGAGCGGCUGCGGGCGCUGGUCCGCACGCGGACGGCGGUGUACGGGGCGGAGGAGAAGGCGCUGCGCGUCAUGCUGGAGGGGGAGCGGGAGGAGGAGCGGCAGCGCGACCUGGAGGAGCGGCGGCGGAAGGAGAGGGAGAGACGGCUGCAGAAGAAACGGGAGGUGGCCGUCAUGCUCUUCGGAGACGAGGUGCCGGCCGACCCACGGCAGCAGCCCUUCAGAGAGUACUACACCCAAGCCGAACGGUCGCUGCGGGCUCUGGUGCAGAUACGGAGGGAGUGGGACAUGUUUCUGGUGCCCGCUGGUCAGGCUGAGAGCUCCCCAGUUCCCCAGGGCUGGGUGCUGCCCGAGCCCCCCUCAGACAACGCCUGGGCCUCCGCCAUGGCUUGACAGCCCAGUCCACUGGCUUACCUUGAGUCAAACGGACACACACUCAGGUGGAGAAUACAACCCUGAGGUUUACAUGACUGCUAUGGUGGCCUGGAAGGGACACUAGGAACCACCUUGUGCAUUUGCCCCUGAACUUGAACUGAACUAAAUGAGAAACGAAAGUGGCAAACUGUUAGGUGUCUAGGUUAUGCUGGUGGCUGUUUUUACCCUUGAUGAAACAUAAAAUUGAGGACAAUUAUUUUGGAUUAAAAUGAUUUUGAUGCCGAUGAACAUAACGUGUGAUAAGAAAGCUUUUUUUUAUUUUUUCAUCAUGUGAUACUGAGAAUAAUGGACACACAUUUUGUUGGGAUAUAAAAAAAUAAAUGUGGUUAAGACUUUGUUGAAUUAAUUCAUAAUCCCAAAUGUUCAGAAAUGUUCCAUCAAAAAUGUGUUUUAGGAGGUUAGAACCAUAAGCGUUUGGAAAAACAGGACAAUAUAUACUGUAUCUUUUGAUUAAAAACCUUUGACUUUGUGGAAUUCAAA